AUGUCGAACCCGGGGGACGACCACUUUGCCUUCGGUUGCUUCUCGAGAACGCCACGGCCAAACACCCCUAGUGGAGGCGCCAAUGCUCAGCGUCGCGGACGCUUCCCUGGUGGGCGAAGUAUACUACCUCCUCUUCAUCUACCGUUUCGAACCUCACGUUCUCCAGUUCCUGACCCUUCAUUUCAAUUUACACAGCAAGAUCAGCCUCGCAAUGAAUACGGCGUACCAACCUAUGGCCAGCAGGGAUGGUCAAUGAACCCACAAGCAACAUAUCAGCAGCAAACACAGUACCCACAUAAUGAUCCUAGAUACCCCGCCCAGUUCGCUCCUUAUCCCGGUCGUCCUUCAUCGUCAAUGCUCCCGGAGCAUGACUCGCGUACCCUGCCCCCGUUGAACAUGCAACCUGGGCAGCCUCAUCCUGGUGCGUCGAACGACCCACUAGCGGGACCUAGCGUUCGAUCACCCACCGCUGGUUAUCCCACAGGAUACGCACCCUAUGCCGAGGCGCACCAGCCUCCGAGCCAUAGCUCGUUUUACGCGCCCCAGGCUCCAGAUCCCCGCAACCUUCCACCACCUAUCCCCUCGACGAUGGGAUAUGAUGCCGCAAGUGGCAUGAUGCCGCGUAGGUCCUCGAUGUCCGUCGACCGUACCGCGUCGACGCGGCUGUCCGUCCAUGGUACAUCACCCUAUCCGCGCAACCCUCCCAUGGGAGGCCCCGUCUCAUAUACUCCGGAGCCGCCGGCGCAGGAGCCAGCUAUCAAGAAGAAGCGCAAGCGGGCCGAUGCAGAACAGCUGAAGGUCCUCAACGAGACGUACAACCGCACGGCAUUCCCGUCGACAGAGGAGCGGGCUGAGCUAGCCAAGAGGUUGAACAUGUCUGCGAGGAGCGUACAGAUAUGGUUCCAAAACAAACGCCAGGCAAUGCGGCAGAGCUCCCGUCAGGCCGCUGCCGCUGGAGCACCGACGACGAGCGAGCCUUAUCCCACGUCGUCGCACGCCCCUGGCAUUCCGUCCCCCGGGCCCUAUGGGGCACAUCCCUCUGUGCAGCCAUACGGGGGAGCGCGUCCCGGCGAGUUACCGCAUCCGACGGUUGCUCGUCUGAUCCCUUCCCCCACGCCAUCCAUUCAUCAUCGAGACGACCAGAAGGAUCCGCGCCGUUUCCCAGGUCGCGGACCUAUGUGA